AUGGGUACACCAAAAGGACCAACAUCUUCUGAAGCAUUUACUGCAUUUGAAACUGGUCUUGAGUGGUUUGAAAAACAGGCCGAAUGUUGCCCGACACAAUUACUUCUUCUUAAACGUUUGCGAGACUUGGCUGCCGGAAAACGCGUUGCAGCUCAUCGUCAAAUUAAAAUUGACAAUUUUGUCAAAAAAAUAUAA